AUGUUUUAGUUUUCAUUCUUGGAAAUAGUAUUGUACCUAGUUCUAAUACUAGCAUUACUAAUUUUGAAACCAUUAUUCCAAAUGUUGAUAAUGAAGAUAAAAUAUGGAAGGAAAAUGCAUAUGAUGUAUUUUCCUUUGUUGGGAAGAAUCAUUGAAUUUAGCAGAGGGAUUAAGAAACAUAAUGAUUUGUUACAUUUCGAAAAGAUGAUUCCAUAAUAACAUCCUGAAAUUGAAAUUGUGGUGAGCAAUACAUUUUUGGGUUUGACACAUGUAUUUUUUAAACCAGAGCAUAUUAAAUUCAUUCUAUAGAAUUAAGAUCUUUAUAAAAAGACAUCAAAAGUAUUGUUUGGUGAAAGAAUGUUGUAUAAAGGUAUGUCUUUUGAUUUAUUUUAGGUUUGGCAUUCCAAGAUGGAGAAGAUUGGAAAUUAGCUAGAAAUGUGCUUUCAAAAUCUUUUGAAUUCGAAUAACUUAGAGCAAGAAUACCAUUAAUAAAAAGAUUAUGUGAAGAGAAGUUUCAAUAAGUUUAAGAAGAAGAACCUAUUGAUAUAAUAAACAUAUCAGGUAACAUAGUUGGAGAAGUGAUUACAUAAUCCUUCUUUAGUUAAAGUUUUAAGGAUUUGAAUGGGAAAACAUUUUUAUCUGAAUUAGUAGAUGUUAUGAUAAACAUCAUUUCACAGUAUAGAGAAGCACCAAUUAGAUGUAUGACAAGAACUUUUAUUUUUGGAACAAGAGAUUAUCCUAAUUGGACUAUAGCUAAAGUUGAACAAAAGUUGUUAGCAAGACUUCAAAAAAUCAAAGACAUGUUGAGUGAUUCUAUAAAAGAAAGAUAAAUGAUGUAAAAUAAACCAGCAGAUUUUUUAACAGCAUAUAUAAAUACAAUAUGUAUAAAUUGAAUUUAUAAUUUAGAAUAAAAUCCAAAAUUAACUGAAGAACAUGCAAUUCAAUAAUAUAUAAUGUUAAUUUUUGCAGGUAUAGAUACAACUAGUAAUUUAUUUGGUGCAUGUUGUUAUGCUUUGUCUAUUCAUCCUGAAUGGUAAACAAAAUUAAGAGAAGAAAUACAAAAGCAAUAUGGUACAUAUGAAAAAUUAAACAGUGAUAACAUUAAUAUAUCAAGCUAAAUCACUAAUUUUAUUAAUGAAUGUAUGAGAAUGUAUACUCCUGUGCCAUAUUUUAUUGAGAGAGAAGUUAAAUAAGAUCAUAAAGUUGGUGAUUAUUUUUUGAAAAAGAAUUCAGAAGUAUCAUUAUGUUUAUUUCCAAAUAAUUAUGAUCCAAAGAAUUUUAAAGAUCCUUUUACUUUCGAUCCUGAAAGAUGGAAUUAAUAGAAUAUUGAUCCAUUUAUCUUUUUACCAUUUUCAAUAGGAAAAAGAAAUUGUAUAGGUUAACAUAUGGCAUUAAUGGAAAUAAAAUGUUUAUUGAUUUAUUUGUUAAUGAAUUUUGAAGUAAAUCUAACAAGUGAAAAAUAAGUUUGGACUUUCAAAUUUGUUUAUACAAUUCAAGAUGAGAAAUUCAUCUAAUUGAAAAGAAUAGUAAAAUGA